CCGAGCUGAAUUCUAAUGCGGCGUGGGCGAGGCGCCGGCGUUGCUGCUGCUUGCUGUCGUGUGCGCGCGUGCUCGUGUGUGGAGCCGCGAUGGGAGGAUGGCGAGAGACACGUUUAACACGCGGAGCUGCUGCUGCUGCCGCUGCCGCAUUGCCUUCACGAUGAAGCCGAGUUCCUUCUGGCUCCACGGUCUGGCAAGGAUUGGAGGGAAUUUCACUUCUACGAGGACAUUUAACCAGUGCUGGCACCCCGUGUGGAUACCACAGCACUACUAUCACACCAGGGCAUGGCCACCUCAGCGUUGUUGCUCUGCUUGAUGCAGCUCGUGCCGUUGAGCUGUCGCUAGAGAGUGGGCGAGCAACGGGGAGGAGAGCAGCCGAGAGCGGAUGACGAGCAGAGACGCAGCGAGACGGAACGCUGGCCACGCUUGUAGCACACGUGUAGCGUGUGGCACACUGACACCCUCCCCCCCCACCCGGUUCGGACACCCUGGAGGUCUCAUCGGCCACUUGCCCGCCCCCCCCGCCGCCGCUCCGUCUCCGUCCUGUCGCCGGUCGGGGCCUCGCACUUUAUCGACUGGCCCGCCCUGGCGAUGCAGCGAGCGGCUAUGGCUGCAGGCGGCAACACAUGAAGGCGUCCACACGGCAGGCAACACGUGCUAACGCUGCGUGCAUGGCCUUCGUUCUCGAGCGGUCACCACGGAUUAAUUCAUCGCCGCCACAACCGUCGUCUCCCUCCGGCCGACGAUAAACUCAGAGAGCGAACACCCCCCCCCCCCCCCCACCGCGCACCUCCAGAAACGUCCGCGGCGUCCGACGGAGGCCACGUAGUCGUUUUUUUUCUUCCUUUAUUCAGACGACGGGAGUGCGGCCAUGGCGGGAUACAAGCGGGGUCACGACGGCCAGAUGGCCGGCCUGUACGACCUGGAGCGCACGCUGGGCAAGGGCCACUUUGCCGUGGUGAAGCUGGCGCGCCACGUGUUCACGGGCGAGCGAGUCGCCGUCAAGGUCAUCGACAAGAGCAAGCUGGACGUGGAGGCACGUGCCCACCUCUUCCAGGAGGUGCGCUGCAUGAAGCUGGUGCAGCACCCAAACAUCGUGCGACUCUACGAGGUGAUCGACACGGCCAGCAAGCUCUACCUAAUCCUCGAGCUGGCCGAGGGGGGUGACCUCUACGACUACAUCAUGCGCCACGAGGGGGGCCUACAGGAGCCCGACGCCAAGCACUACUUCGCUCAGAUCCUGUGCGCCAUCGCCUACUGCCACCGGCUGCACGUGGUCCACCGAGACCUCAAGCCCGAGAACGUGGUGUUCUUCCCGCGCCUCCGCCGACUCAAGCUCACCGACUUCGGCUUCAGCAACCGCUUCCAGCCGGGCACCAAGCUGGCGACGAGCUGCGGCUCACUGGCCUACGCCGCGCCCGAGAUCCUGCUGGGCGACGAGUACGACGCGCCCGCCGUUGACAUCUGGAGCCUGGGCGUGAUCUUGUACAUGCUGGUGUGCGGACACCCGCCCUUCCAGGAGGCCAACGACAGCGAGACGCUCACCAUGAUCAUGGACUGCAAGUACACGGUGCCUGCGCACGUGAGCCGGGAGUGCACCGAGCUGAUUGGGCAGAUGUUGCAGCGCGAGCCGCGGCAGCGCGCCACGCUGGAGGAGAUCGGUGCCCACCCGUGGCUUGGGGGCACGGACCCGGCACUGGCCACGCCAGCGCCCCUCACGUCGCACCGCAGCCUGUCGGAGCGCGAGCACAGCAGCAUCGUGCAGGGCAUGGUGCUGGGCAGCAUCGCCGACCGGGACACCAUCGUCGAGGCGUUGGAGGCCGACCGCUAUAACCACAUCACGGCCACCUACUACCUCCUGGCGGAGCGCCUCCUGCGCGAGAAGCAGGAGGGGGGGACGCAGGGGGCACCCAGAUCGGGGGGCCCCGGCAGCAGCAAGACGCAGUUCAGGCAGUCAUGGCCGACCAAGCUGGACAAGGUGGAGGACGUCGAGGACCUCCCGUCCAUGCGGGCCGUCCCGCCGCUCCCCAUGCCUCGCGCCGGCUCCACCAAGUGCAAGGGCCCCGGCCACAAGGGGCCCGAGGGCCGGAGGGGCGAGCCGCGGAUGCCCGAGAAACCGGCGCGGGAGAGCAAACCCCCGCUGUCCUCCCUGGGGGAGGAGGACGAGGAGGCGGCGCGGGAGGAGCGGGCGGCCGCGGGCGCCGCGCAGGUCGUGUUCCGGCAGAAGGCCUCACUCACCAGCCGGCUCACGGCCCGCAAGAGCGCGCCGGUGCUCAACCAGAUCUUCGAGGAGGAGGGCGAGUCGGAGGACGACGACAGGGACGGCGCGCCGGAGCCCCCCGAAAAGGCCGCAGCGGCGGCGGCGGCGGCGCCGUCCCCAUCGGAGGCCCCCCCGCACCGCCCGCGCAAGCAGCGCCCUCCGAGCCAGGGCCGCGGCUCGAGCUGCAGCAGCUCGGAGACGAGCGACGAGGACUCGGAGAGCUGGCGGCGGCGGCGGCGUGACGACAGCGGCGACGCGGGGCUGGCGCGGACGCACGGGGACCGUCGCGACGACCGUCCCCCGCCCGGCGGUGGAGGCGGCGAGGGUGGCGGCCUGCAGCCCUCCGCGCCCGGGCCGGGCGGCCCGACGGAGCGGGACCCCGCGGGCGCCGGCUCGUCGCGGGGCGGCGCCGCCGCGCGGCCGGGGGGGGGCGGCGGUGGCGGCACCACGAGGAGGGGCGCGCCAGGCGACGGCGUGGCUCCGGCGCCCCUUGACGACGAGGGGCCGACAGCGGGCGGCCCCUCGGACGGGGCCGAAGGGAAGGGCGGGCGCGUGCGCGGGGCGAGCCCCGUGCCCCGGGGCCUCUCGUGCGCGAACCUGCCGCGGGGGGCCGCCCCCCUCGACGUGCCGCUGCGCGCGGGGGAGGCCCACGGCGGCCGGGCCCCGGGGCCCGUCAAAGUGAGCGAGCUGCUCGACAGCUUCCGCCUGCUCAACCUGUGCCUGUCGGGCCCGCUCGCGCAGAGCCGGCGGCCCUUGGCCCCACGGCCCGAGGGCGCGUCGGGCCUCGUGGCCAAGGCCGUGGAGCUGCUGACGUGGGUGCGGGGCCUGCAGCACGGCGCGGCGGGGCCCGCGGGGGCUGCGGGCGGCUCCUGCAGCCUCCUGUCGGGCCUGGACCUGGCGGGGAGCCCGCGCAGCCUGGCCCUCGCCACGCCCGUGCUGUGCGAGGCCGCGUGCCCCCAGGGCCUGCCCUGCCCGUCCGAUGCGCAGUGCGCUUACAGCUCGGGCGCUGUCCCCUACUGCCAUGUCAUAUAGCGGCGCCAGUGGUGCCGCUAUCGCAACCAGAUAUCGCCACCUUCAUCAUCACCAUCAUCACGGCCGUCAAUAACAGCGCAGACAUCACCGUCACCCCCGAUACUGCCACCACUGUCAUCCCCACCCCCAUUAUCAGCAAUAACAACUCACCGUCACAUACACACACACACACACACCUCACUACACCCAACAGCACACACACAUGCAGAAAGUCAGCAAUCGGCAAAAAGACAAAGAUUCCCCGUAAUGACGACGCAGGCUGUUGGGGCAAGUGCUGUUAGUGGGUACCUACAAAGGCCAACAUGGGACUCGAGGGGGUGAGUGCCCAGCCUUUGUCUCCCCAGUGGCGAUGCUUACACACCGCACCAGGUACUAAUUUUAAGGCUGAGUCGACCCAGGGGAGGCCCAGGCCCAGCACCGUUUGAAAUAUUCACCACUGUUUAUUGAUCAUGAGCGGGAAUCGAACGUGGGUCGCCAGGUCCGUAGGUUCAGUGCAGCGCUUGACCAGUACACCACCACACCCAAUAACACCACCAUCACCGCGACCAACACAGGCAUCUAAACCAACCACAACCACUACCACCCACCAAAACAAAGAUCCCCUCAUGUAGCCUUAACAGACUGUUGGGGCAAGUGCUGUUAGCGAGUAGCAACCUCUGAAUGCCGGCGCAGCACACAAUGGGGUGGAUUGCCAACACCACGCCCGGCCGCCUUUGUCUCCCCCAGUGGCGAUGUUUUACACAUCACACCAGAUAUUCGUUUGAAGGCUGAGUCGACCUAGGCGAGGCCCAGGACUAGUUCAGAUGAUCGUCACCGGUGUUGCUGGCAGUGAGCGCGAAUCGAACUCGGGGUCGCCGGGUUCGCGGCGCAGCGCGCCAACCGCUGCACCACUGCUCCCCACCCACUGCCGCCACCGUCGACGUGAGUUCCGGGCGGUGACCUCGUUAGCAGGACACGUCCAGAGCACGGUGACCCUUGCCGCCAGCCCCUCCGAGUGCAGGUAAAGAGGUCCCCGGGGGUGGUCUGACCGAAGGUGGCACACUCCCAGCUGUGACCCGUUCCGAACGGGGGGUGGGGUGGGGGGCACGCUGCGGCGUUGCACGCUUGGCGACCUUCUGCAGUUCUUUAAGAAGCUGCCAGCACGUGGGGUGGAACGUCGGGCAUCGGUGCCACCUGGGUAGACGCUGGUAGUGGGUGGGCGCUGGUAGUGAGUGGGUAGUGGGGUGGAUAGCGGUGUGCGGUUGUAUUCGCCUCUGGCCGUACGCACGCCGGCGAUUCAUCAGAUUGUUCAGUUCGCGUUGCGUUCAAGCCGUCGUGGUGCCUCCAUACUCGCCAAACUUUCGUUCUUCAAAUCCCACUUUGGUUCUUCAAAUCCCACGUCGCCGUGGCAAGAGCAGUCUCUCUGUAAAUAAACAAUCACUGUUCACUUUUCCACCGGGCAUUGCGACCACCGUCACCGGGCAGGACGUGCCCCCCCACGAGCGCUAAUAUUUACACGCGGAAAAUACGUGCCCUCCCAUUCGCAUCCGCAGCGUGCACGUGAACGUGUGCACGUGAACGCGUGCACGUGAACGCGUCCACGUGAACGCGUGCACGUGAACGCGUGCACGUGAACGCGUCCACGUGAACGCGUGCACGUGAACGCGUGCACGUGAACGCGUGCACGUGAACGCGUCCACGUGAACGCGUGCACGUGAACGCGUGCACGUGAACGCGUGCACGUGAACGCGUCCACGUGAACGCGUGCACGUGAACGCGUGCACGUGAACGCGUCCACGUGAACGCGUCCACGUGAACGCGUGAACGCAUGGAGAGGGGACGAGUGUUAAUCGGAGAGAGGUUAUUCUCAUCUCGCUUUACAUUUACCGAGCGCCUCUGCUCAAGGCGCUCAAGACGAUUAAAAAGAAAAAACCCGCCAUCGUUAAAGAAUAAUUUCUGGUGGCAUGGGCGGUGCAAGCAUUGCGGAAUGAGUGGCAGCGAUAGACGGGUACUUGGGGAGGGCGGGGGUCACGAAAUGGCUGUCGGGGAGGGACGGGAAGGAGUGGAGGGGCGAGGGGAGGGAGGAGGGAGAGACUGGCCAAUGGGGAUGUGGAGGUGAGGCUUCAAGAGGGAUUACGAUAUUCCAUCGUUAUUCGCGAGGUGAUACUUUCCAGAGGUGCUCGUGAAAAGCAAGUUUCGCGCGUGACGUUAUUGGCCCACGGCAAUUUUACCUGAAAUAAAUACAUACGUAAGCUAUUGAAUAGAUGAAAAUGAUCACAACACAAAGGAGUAUAAAUUGGUUCCAAUAAACAUAACGUAAAUACAAAUGAUGAUUAAAGUAAAAAAUAAUAUUUGAUAAAUGCUGCAUAUCAUCACUUUCUCUCAUCACAUCCUCUCUCAUCACUUUAUCUCGUUACUUCUCUCUCGCUCGCUCGAGAUGCGGUCGCGUAGUAGACUUCCAGAUGCGAUCAGCGGAUAGCCAAAAUGUCAGCGGGGUCGCCUGCGAUGACUUCGUGGAUAACGAGGGAAUACAGCGGAGCUGGAUUUCUGGCCGGACAAUCGGUGGCAGCUGUCGCGGAUACCCGACUGGAACGCACGGCACUGCGUACGUUGAAAUUAUUUCGCACCGUACGUAGCCAACCGUGCUAAUCGGAGGUGCGGAACGGGAGAACAAACUCGACAAAACAACAAGCAAAUUUCGAUUUAAAGCUUUCGUGACUGCAGGGAUUCAUCUUCUGGGUUCUUUCGGUAAAGUCACGUAGAAUGGAAAUAAUAAAAUAAUAAAAAUAAAACAUAAUAAAAUAAUUCUCACGACGUUUCGGCCACAAUGCAAGCAGCCGUCCUCAGGUGAAGAACAGGUCUGUCGGGGAGACAGAGUCUGAAUGACACACUCCAGGCAUUUCACAAGUAGUACUAAUCGCAUAUCUGCAUUUCCCAUAAAUAUGUUAAAUUCCUCUUGAUAUGCAAAUUAUUUUGUCAAGGCGCCCUUCCCCCCUCCAUCCCAGCUUAAAUAGUCGCUCCAAGCCUGGAGUGUGUCAUUGGGUUUUCCUCCGGGGUUCCCUGGUUUCCUCCCAUAGCUAUGAGAGAAAAAAAAAUAACGAUGUAACUGGUAUUGGCCAAACCAUCCCAAUGCUGAAAGAAAAAAAAUACUGAUAACAUUACUCAUUUGCGAUUACACACGGCAGCAUCAGCAGCAGCAGCAUCAUCGCCACCCAUCCCUACCGCAAAAACAUGGCAGGGCCCUCGCGAAAGGGGGAGACUCGCUGAGGCUAUCCAGGGGCAAACGAGCAUGAUUAGGAGAGUAAUACCAAUAACAACAGGGGGGGUUUGGGGGACAAACGCCAGCGUUCCCCGCGGUAUGUUUUACUUGACGUGCCGAUGUGGGCCAACGUUGGACGCGUCAACUUCCACGCGCGCGUUCACACUCUGCAAGUGCACUAUUUCAUCAACUCGUGCCCGUCCUCCUCGUGCUCCGCCACCCUGGUGUGUGGCGGGCACAGCAAUAAAGUCACUGACGGUGAGAAGCGCUCGCUCGUACGCGAUCCCACCUCUUCAGACGACGCGUGUGUCCGUCGUGCGUCAUCGGUGGGGCACGGGACCCGGGUAAUGCCAGCGACGUUUACACGUGUGUUUACCGCCCUCUCCCCUCCCCCCCAAAGUGCGUGUGUGUGAGUGUGUGAGCGGGGAGCGAGCAUCUAUGAAGGCCGGCAUAGGUGCUCGCGAACAGCACUUGCCCCAACAGUCUGUUCGGGCUAUACGGGGGAUCUUUGUCUUUGCGCGUGGAGCGGUGGUGCAGCGGUUAGCGCUAUGCCGCGCUACGAACCUGGCGACCCGAGUUCAAUUCCCGCUCACGGCCAACACCGGUGACGACUAUCUGAACCGGUCCCGGGGCAUCCCCUAGGUCGACUCGGCCUCAAAUGAGUACCUGCUGCGGUGUGCAAACAUCGCCACUGGGGAGAAAAAGGCAGCCGGUUGUGGAGCUGGCCACCCCCACCCCCUCGUGUGCCGUGCCGGCCUUCAUAGGUGCUACUCGCUAACACCACUUGCCCCAACAGUCUGUUAAGGCUAUACGGGGUGGAGGGGGAUCUUUGUCUUUGUGUAAAAAAAAACUAUUUUUUAAAUUUCUUCGUAAUUGCACUCAGCUGUGACGACGGCGUGUGAGCUGUGGACCCUCCUCACCCCCGCCGUGUGCAGUGUCGGGGGUGGGGGGGGUGAGCUGUGGGGGGGCUCCGCUGGGCGUCACCCCGCCGUGUCCAGCAGCGAGCCGCUCAGCACCACGGACACCGGAGCCGUGCUCCCUCAAACCCCCCCCCCCCCCGCGCCGUCUGUGCGCUCCAGCGCCGCAAGACGACCGCGUCGGGGUUGACCGUCGUGCGACAGUCCUCGCCGAUGGAACGACAUGGUCGAUGGGUGGGUUGAUCGGUGGGGGGCGUUGAGCGGAAGGUGACAAUUUCUGGUGAAUUCAACCUCGGACCCGUGGCACCCCCGCGCGUCGCCGAACGACGGACGGGACGUGAACCACGCGCACCCCUACCCCAUUCCCCCCCACCGGCUCUUCGCUCGCCCUGUGUGGAGCUGACCGGGGCGACGUCCUGAAAAGCCCCCCCCCCCCCGCUCCACCCGGCGCAGAUCGUCUCCGGCGACUUUGCUGCCUCGCGGAGAGACGCGAGGCACAGGCGAGGGAGCCUGGUGAUGCCCCCGUGCGUCGCACCGUUAAGAUAUUGCGGUGGGUGGGUAGGGAGGGAGGGGGGCGAUCCACCACGGGAUGGAUUUUCCGCGUCUCUUGGGAUCUGUCGAUGGCGAGAAAUGUUUAGCGCCGGGGGGGGGGGGGAGUGGUGGGAGAGCCAGCCGGUCUAACGACCACCAGCUCGAAAAGUCACUGGCCGUUUUGGUUUGCCGCAAAUUUCUCUCGACCCUUUGAGUCGACGGUCACUCGACGACAAAGUGGCCGUGCACACAUUCAGCGAGUCGCGGUGGCGAGAUGUUAACUACCUCGCCUGGUAUGCAGGAGGUCGUGGAUUCGAUCUCGAUCCUGACGCCUGCUGCUGUGUAUUCGGAGUUUGCGGUGUCUCUCUCUCUCUCUCCCCCCGUAGUUGCGUGGAUUUUUCUUCGGGGUCUUCCGUUUGUUCCCUCCAAAUUUAGAAUCGACAUCACGCGUUCAAAGUAUUUGGCUGCUAAGAUGAAAAGCCACUUUCGUUGAGCUCUCAUUCGUGAUAACCAGGUGGCUUCUGAAAAUGAGCCAUCUAGCUCCGUGGGCCUUACCCGGUAAAAAAAAAUAAAGUUACUUUUAGUUAAGUAAUAAAAUAAAAAGUUUAGUUUUAGUUAUUUUCAGCUAGUGGUGAGACGCUGCGAGGCGAACGCCCCCCCCCCCCCAUCUCUGCUGCGCCCCCCCCCCACCCCUCCUGGUUGACGCAGAGCGGCACUCGCAAGCGAGCCGAGUCCGACCUGGCCGCACGGUAAUCGGGACCCGCGGCCCCGAUUCGGGUGACACGCGUGUCUAAUCGAACCUGACCCGUUUCCGUUUGUGAAUCCCUCCAAUCCCGCAGAAAACAAAAAAAAACGGACGAGAGCGACCGUUUAGAUGUUUUCGUACCACCGCCCAAAUUAAAGUUAAACUCCAAUUGUCGCCAUCGUCGGGCGCUUCUUACAUGCCGCUUGUAGAUAUGUACAUUUUUUCCCACGUGCGUGAUGGCCGUUUUCUACGUAAAAACAACAACAACAACAACACCUGCCCGUGCAUUUUUCGAUGCCAAGCCGCCGAUUUGUGCCCACCACCCCCCGCCCCGACCCCUCUGUGCAUCCAGGAGGCAUUGGGGAGGUCACACCGAGGGCAGCACACCCGGGCCACGUGUGCGGAACGCAACGAAUUCGCAGGGCGAGGAAAAUGCCCGGUAGACUCUAUGGGACACGGGGAAUGUCCAUAGACUAGAAUGGCAAAGGUUAUGCCAAAAGACUAUGCCGCCAAUAGAAUGUCCAUAUAUUAUAAUGGAAAAUAAAACUCCCAUAUAGACUAUCAAGGCAAACGGAAUGGCCAUCGGUUGCAAUGGGGAACGGGAUGCCCUGUUGAAAUUCCCCAAAUGAGAACCGCUGAGGUUGUCGCCUGAACUCCGCGUGCCAGGGCUUGCCUCGUUCAUCUCCACAGGGUCAGUGGGCUGCUUCGCUUCUGUGUCCACUCUGCACAACAUCAUGACCCCCCCCUCCCACUACCGCCAGAACACAUUCCUGCGGAGGGAGCUGGUAGGAACGUUGGGUUGCUCGGUCAAUGGCCAGGGUCAACGGCGGCGUGGUGUAUUCCGCAAAUAUGCCCGACUGUGAGGGCGGGUACAAGCCGGCGUGAGUAGGUUAAACGUUGAGUUUUAUAAGGGCACCACGGGGUGACCAGCCCCUCCUCACCCCAUCCAGCCCCACCCUCCCCACCCAGCCCCUACCCACCCUCCCCUCUCCACCCAGCCCCACCCCUCCUAUUUUUGGAUGCACGACGGACGGACGAAUGGACACAAUAAUCCCCUGUGGGCUGGUGUAACCAGGAGGUUCCUACCAGUAUUAUUUAAAGUGAACCCCACCCCUCCUUUCCCUUCUCUGCCGCCCUUGCCUGUGUUUGCUUCAAUCAAUGAGCAGCAAUGCAGGUGUGCGCGCGCGUGUGAUGAAUUAGAAGAGCACUUACUAUUGCCAAUUUUGUCAACGAAAUGUUUGAACUGUUAAAUCGUAUGGGGGGGCAUCUUCCACAGUGCUGUGUUAUUACGCCGUGCUUUUUUACAUGGGACUUAAUGUGCAAAUAUAAUGAUAGCGGAGUAGGGCACUUUCGGAGGGGCCAGACGUAGUCGAUUGGAUAUUUAACAUGUGCCGUACUUCACGUGUCUUCAUUGAUGGGUCGUAUCGGUUUCGGAUCGUGUGGAAUAGCGUGCAACUGCAGCGCUACACAGCGCAGUAGCUCAAUGUCAUAAAUAUUUCAAUGGAAAUCCUUGUAAUGGUGAUGCCGAUUAAACAACAACAGUAACAAUCAUCUUCGUACGGAUAGGGGAAUGUAUGUGAAUUCGCCAGUGUCGAAAGUGACAAUCUUAAUUUUUUUAUAUUCGCCUAUUGAACCUAGAUCCACGGUGGUGAGAUGUUAACUCCAUCGCCUGGUGUACAGGAGGUCGUGGGUUCGAUCCCGACCCUGAUGCCUGCUGCUGUAUAUUUAGAGUUUGCGUCUCUCUCUCUCUCUCUCAUCAUCAUCACGGUGGCUAGGAGAUGUUAACUCCAUCACCUGGUGUGCAGGAAGUUGUGGGUUCGAUCCUGACUCUGAUGCCUGCUGCUGUAUAUUUGGAGUUUGCGUCUCUCUCUCACACCAUGGUCGCCUGGAUUAUUCUCCGGGUCGUCCGAUUUUCCCCUCCACAUUUAAAAUCAAUGUGCGUUUCAGGUAUUUUGGCUGCUAUAAAUUUCCACUUGAUGAUAAGCCACUUUCGUUGACCUAUCAUUUGUGGCCAGGUCACGUCUGCAAAAAGGAGCCUCGUCGUUCAAUGGUCCUUACGUGGUAAAAUAAGAAUAGUUAAUAGUUUAUAGAGGCCACCGAGGGGGGUUCUAUGCUGUCCUGUAGCUGUGCGUGGUGGUGCGUGUGUCAUAUACGGAACGUGUGGAGUCAAAUCGAAGCGCCCUUGAACUGCUGCAUCUCACCCUGCACUCUGCCAAAAGCGAAGAUUCGCGGUUGAUUUUUGCGUGUGUGUGUGUUGAGGCCGCGUAAUAACCUGAUCAAACAUUCGACGUUCAGAUCCCUCCACCACCCGACGCAGCCAAACUAAUGAAUUUGUAUCGGAGAAGAAUAGCCACUGUCCAAUUCGAUUCCCGUUAUACAAGUGGGGUUUUUUGUUUCUUUUUAAGGCCACUGUUUUUGGCUAAUCUUAGUUUUUUUCGUUUCUCCGUUUUUGUUAAUUGCUAAACGUGGUUGUGAGAAUUGUCCAUCAGCUCACCGCUGGGCGAUGCUGCAGUGAAUCGUAAUAAUAGGCGCAUUGUUAAACGCCCCCCUCCCCUCCGGGUGCCGGUUCAAUUUGUUUGACCGCGUCGUGUGGUGGAGGGCAGGGGGGAAUACGUCGCGGCAAGGCUCUGGCGAGAUCAGUUUCGUCAGUGGAAAUAACCCAAAAAUUAACCGUGAGUCUUAAGUGGCGGGCGCGAGAACCGGCGUGGUAAGUUUUGCCAAAACUAUAUAUUUACAGGGUGCUUUAAAAAUGUGUUUAACACUUCUGAGAAUUUAACAACAACACCACCGCGAGAAAUGUGUUGCCUCCAGGGCUCUGGAGACCACCUGGAGAAGAUCCCAGGCACGCGUUGACAACGAUGGCGAACAAGUGGGAGACUAAUUGACCUUUUAAAGCUAUUAACAUUACAUUUGUUAUCAUGUUACCGUGUAUUAACUGUUCUUCGUCCAUUAAAAACGAUAGUUCUAUGGAAGCGUUAACAUUUUUUUAAAGCACCCUUAAUUUUAAUUUCCGGUCGAUAUCAGCCGACAAUGCGAGUACCUGGGCAAUUUAUUUAUUUUGUUAUCUUUUACGACCGAGUCAGACACGACGCCACGCACCGCCGGUCAUGCUGUGCUCACUGACGCGACUCUGCGAACCCCUUCAAACGAAUUAGAACAUCGUUAGGAAUUGAAGGCGCAGUGGAAUGAAAGAAAUCGGGAAAGUCUUCGCUGAGAUUUGUCCACGCGUCAAACUUUAGUUAUUAUACACUUAGUUUUUUCGGUAUAGUCACGUAGGUAAAAAAUGACAUUAAAAUUAAUAAAAAUAAAAUAAUUAAAAAUCACGACGUUUCGGAGGCAACACGUGAUUUAUUAUUAUUUUAUUUUUAUUAAUUUUAGUUCAUUUUUUACCUACGUGACUUUACCGAAAAAACCAAGAGUAUGAAUCCUUGCAGUCACGAAAGCUUCAAAUUUAGAAUUUAGUUAUUAUUUCCCCCCUCUCUACAAUCCCCAUAGGGGGAAUAGGAAAACGUAAAUCCACGCUGGGGGCGUUGCGGCAGCCUCCAAUUUACUCGAAAUGUGCGGCGCGAGGCGACUGCCUCCUGAUGUGUUGGGGUGCUUUUGGGAACCUCGCUGACUCCAGACAAAAAAAACCCCACAAAAAAUGGGCAUUGUAUCCCGGCUGUCAGCUGCCUGCGUUAUUUUCGAAACCAAAAACAAAACAAAACCCAAACCACUCGUGCUGUCCCCCGUGGCUUUUCGUGAAUGUUCCCCGGCAGUGAAGACAACGCGACGCGUCUCCCGUUGACUCUACCCCCCCCCCCCCCGUGUGCCCCCUGUGUCAGCUACCGCAUUGCGUUUGGCCGCACCGUGGAGUCGGCUUCGUGGAUUAAUGUUUCGGCCGCACGCUAAUUGACUGUGGCAGCGGCUCAGCGAGAAAGGGCCUGUGGGGGGGGGGGGGUUGUUGAUUCCGCCCCCCCCCCCGCUCCUGGCCCUGCUUGGCCCCGAGCCAGAUUCGGACGUCUUCCUGUGAGGGGCAGCAAUGAAUCACGUGUUGGGUUCUAGCAUGGCUCAGCAAAAAACUGCUAGUCGAAAACCACCCGUACUGUGCUGGCCCUGAGCUGGCUCGGCUCGGAUGUGCCAGUGCGAAAAAAAAUUAGGCGUGCUAGAGCACAGCUGGGAUGUUGCAGUGUGGCAAUUGACUGAUGACUCCUCAACAGAGAGAGUCCACUGACGCUACCGAUUGUUCGAGCCCAGGGGUCGGCAACCUGCGGCUCCGAAUCAGCUUGCGACUGUCUUUGAGGACUGCUUCGUGACACGUGAUUCAUUAAAGAAUCGACCGUCUCGUAUUCACCAACGGUGAACGAUUGACAUUUUUUAUAUAUAUAGAAUUUGAAAGAAAAAAAAAAAUCUCUCAUUAUUUUGGUUGCCUGACUCCUAAUCUAGCCCCCCCCACCCAACCCCCCCCCCUGCCGUGGCUUUCAAGGGCAAAGAACAACAGCGCGAUGUUUCCAAUAGCACCGGCGCUUUGCAAUAUCGGGCACACAACACAAUUGUGUCGACGCGAUUGCCCUACCGCAUGAUCACCGUGUAGGUGUCCGCGACGAUGCUGCUCCGUGUGGCUGCUCCCGACGCGUUUUCAGGUCGUGCCGAGCGUUGUUUGGCACGAUGUCCGAUGUUUCGCUGGGGGGGUGGGAGCCUUGUUCAGGAACUGAACUUAGACGUGUCGGGUGGAGGAGGGGGGGGGGGCAGAAAACGCACCGGAGAGAGAGAUACAAAUAAAUCGUCACCACGUUGUUGUGGCGAAAACAGGCAGCGUCUUCUAACCGUGCACACGGCAGCGGGUGCGUUUGGUUUCACCGCGGGUUGAAUAGCGCGUGAGUAAAGCCGCGGUGAUUUAUCCCAGACCGGGGGGGGGGGGGGGGUCGGCAGCGAGAAUAACCAGAAAAGGGAAAAAAAAACACCCCCCCCCCUCCUCCCAAGAAAAAAUAAAAUCAAUAUUUCAAGAGCCAUCUCGUGUGAAUACGAGGGGGGUCCUGAAUAAAUAACGGUCCUGAAACAGUCCUCAAGGAGCCGCAUGCGAUUCCUGAGCCGCAGGGUUGCCGAACUUCUACCCCCCCCCCCCCGCCUGGUCCCAGAGACAAUCUUGGACUCGCGAGUUCAUGGUGCGAGCAGGGGUAGAGGGAGCGGGAAGGAAGCGCAAUGCCAGCAUCAUUGCCGAAACAUUGUCACUGCGCGGCUCCGGGGUUGGGGUUGGUGGGCUGGGUGGUGGGGUGGGUGGGGUGGUGAUUGAUUGAUUGCUUCUGUCUUGAGACACGGACCGAGAUCGAUCGAUCGAUCGUUCCACGAAGACCGCAGCAGCAGUGGUAUCAGCAGCAAUCUCGCGAGUUUCUUUCAAUGAAGUUUCGCCGGUAAACAUCGCGUUGAAUUGCCAUGACCGGCAGAGUACCUGAAUGGACUUCAACAGACUGUUAGGGCAAGUGCUGUUAGCGAGCAGCAUCGAUGAAGGCCGGCACACGAGGGUGUGGGUGGACGGUACGACGCCCGGCCGCCUUUGUCUCCCCAGUGCUGCUGUUUUAUACCCCGCACCAGGUACAAUACUCAUGUAUGACGGAAUCGACCCAGAGAGGGGCAGAACCGGUUCAGGUAAUCGUCACCGGUGUUGGUUCGUCGCGCGGUGCGCUAACCACUCCACGACCGCUCCCCCCACAUAACCGGUAACCGUAUGAGAAAAAAAAUCACUCCGAGGAGAAACCGGUUUAAACCUUUAUGGGCUUCAGGCCCAUAGAGGUUUAAACCGGUAUCAUUCUGACGUGGUGGGCGCCGGCGGUUGCGCGUUCGCCGCACGGUGCAGACGUCCGCGAUUCGAGAUCGGCAAUCCGCCCCGGCUGCCACCGCGGUGUGAGCCUUGGGCGUGAUGCACGGCGCAAGCCGCCUCCACGGUGGACGUUAAAGACCCCCUGGACGUCACUCGGCAAGAGUAGGCCAUUGCGUUGGCGCGGAAGUCACGGUCCAAACUUUCCAGGUUUGAAAAACAAAAAAUCAACGCCCUCCCUCCCCCGCCCCCACCCCCCCAAAUGACUCAAUUGGGAUUCUGCACAGGAGCAGGCCACGUGCUGAGUCACGUAGUUGGUGUCCUUCGAAUGGUUGAGAUGAGAGGUGAUUGUAAGGCGCUGUGACUUGCUAAGGCAUGCGAGUGGUCUAUCGAUGCAAUGAUUAUUAUUCUUAUUAUCAAGAAAUGCAGUGUGUGAUAUUUUGACCCGUGUGGGCCACCGCGUCGGUGUGAUGUGUUGUGCCACUCAUCAGCCGCAUUCACUUCCUUGUGAGCGUUUAAAGAAUCCGAUUUUCCGUCCAAUCGUCCCAAUCGCGCGAAUGUCGGGCGGAACCGGAUUUCUGAUAUCGCGACUCGAUGCCAUCACGACGCGCGGUGCGCAAUUCGCCGGCUCGCGUGCGAGAUCAUCAUCCCCGAGCGCGUUCGAGCCCAGAGUGGGGGGUGGUGGUGGUGGGGGGCUUAUCGUCCAACGACAACAGCUUUCGUGAUCGUUUGCCCAGCUCUCGAAGUCAGGAACGCGGCGAUCAUUCACCAGUUGAACGCCAAAAGCGGAACGCGUGUCACCUGCCCCGGCACCGCGUGGAUAAAGUUUUGCCCUCCCCCCCCCUUCGUUUCUCAGUCGAACGAAACGCGAUCACGAUUUUGUUGUUGUGCGCGCACGCUCUAGAGACGUUUCUGUACGUGCGGCAAAAAAACACCCCGUUAACCGUUCUAUUUCAUGCGGUUAUACCGGAAACGGUAUGGACCAUCCUAGCAUGUUUACCACUCUAUGGAGUAAAAAAUAUAUAUAUUUGCAAUUUCUUAUCUUGCUAAGACAAUGUUUGCCGUCUCCACAGAGCGAACGUCGGUAUCGGCGCCGACGAUCCGGCAUGGAAAUUCAACCCCCCCCCCCUCACCCUCCCCGUGGCCAGUGCCAACAACAACAAUAACAACAACAAUAACAACAACAAUAACUCAACAUCAAGGGUGAUCGUCACACGCAAGGUGUCCAAAAAAUAUAUAUAUUUGGGUAACCCGCGGCAGUCUUGGUAACUUUUUUUUUGUAGUUUAGAAUAACGCCGUGGUUUGCUAUAGGUGGACGGUGCAAUAUACAUGUGUACGGUGUGUGUCGUGAAACCUAUAAUAUACCUGUGCUGUGUACCCCGAGUGAGGAUGGAUGUGGUGUGAUUGCAUUUUAACUGUGGUCUGACGGGUCCCCUCCACUGCGAGGGUGAAGUGUAACCAGAUUAUACUCUAACUUGUAACUUUUGUCAAAAACAGAAAAAAAAACGUAACAUGUGGCUGUACCCAAUGGACCAAAAUAAAAUAAAUCCCCUUUA